AUGAAUUUGAGUUCAGGCUAUCGAGAAGUUCUGGAACCUUUGGAGCCAGUUUCCGAUGAAAUAGUGUUUGAAUUUGACUACACGAUUCUGUUGUUGUUCAUGUUUCUUCUAUCUUCACUCGGCGUGGUCGGUAACUUGGUCAACUGUGUGACCUUCGCACGUCAGGGGCUGCAGGAUCGAAUCCACCUGACGCUCUUCUCCUUGUCCACAACUGAUCUACUCUCCAGCUUGGCUUGCUUUGGUUUCACGACAGUUGUGCUGUGUAACGUCCUGGGACUAGAGACCGAGGUCACCUACAACCUGCUCAUGUUGACCCUGCUCAUUGUACGCUGCAUGUUCGCCGACUUGUGUUCUAUCAUCACAGUCUUCAUCUCCAUCGAGCGAUGUCUCUGUGUUACAAUGCCUUUUAUUUUCAACACGACCUCAUCGGCCAGAAAAACACACAUCCUUCUCCUGAGCUUUGCUGCAUUUAUUCUAUUGAACUACAUCCCUCUGUUGGCAACAGAACGAGCUGUUCCAGUGUUUGACCCAGGCACCAACUCUACUGUCCUAGAUCUAGAAGUUUCUGAAGAAUUUGAAAUUCUCAACAAGUACAACGACUACGUCUUUGGAUUCGGCCUGUCAUUUUCGUGUCAAAUCUGUGUUUUUGUCUGCGCUGUUCUCAUGUACGAUGGUCUUCGAAAGUCUUCUCAAAUCCGAGACAGUUCCAGAGAGUUCGGUGACCUUUCUGCGGGGGCCACCAAACCUCAAGGUCAGCUGAUGUCCAGGAAAGAGAGACGUGUGGUCAAGAUGGUCCUGAUGCUGGCAUGUCUGUAUGUGCCAACUGGCAUCCCCCAGAUGAUCUUCGUCCUGGUCAGGUUCGUCUUACCUGAGCUGUACUCGGGCAGGUACAGGAGUAUCUUAGAGUCCAUGUCCAGCACGUUGAUUGCCGUCUCUAACGUUAACGGCGCUCUCAGUUUUUUCAUCUACUUCAAGUUCAGCUCAAACUUUAGGAAGACUUUACUGGAGAAAAACGCCUUAAUAAAUAAAAGAAAAUCACGAUGA